UAUGCAAGUCGUUGCAUAUUGAGCUUCACUUAAUGUGUAGUAUCUGUAUGUUGCACAUCGUCAUGUCUUGCAUCUUUAAAUUUGCAUGCAUCAUGCUUGAUUGUGCAUAAUGCCAUGAGUAUGACAUGCUUGUUUGUUUAUUGGGUCGUUUGCUUCUUUCCGGUUCUUGCUUCUUCUCGGUAGUUUCGUUUAGGAGUUUCGUGGGUUAGUUCAACUACGCUUUGUUCGAUUAAUUCAUGCAUUUGAUCCUUUUCAAAGCGGGAUUCCAGUCAAGAUGAUCAUUACCUUCAAUAUCAUUAGUAGCUUUGCUUGCUAGAUGUCUCGAUGCCACCGUUUGGACUUUCAAGUCUUCGCUUUGGCUAGGACCGUAUGUUGGGCGUUACACAUGACACCAUUAAACUCCACAAUAUGCAAUACGAGCAGGAGUUAGUGGCGCAUGAGGAGGAUGAGCUCGCCCUUUUCGCUCCAUCAUGACAUCGCAAGGAGGAGGAGCAUUAGAGGGCCAAGGCGGAGCGGCUCGCGAUGAUAAUUGUUAGAAAAAUAUAUUAAAUAUUUUUGGAAAUAAUAAUAAAUAAGUUCGAUAGAGGCAACGAGCAACAGCCACAUGAGCUGGACGAUAUGCAAUACGAGUAAGACAAGCUCGUCCCUUUUAUGGUACGGUCCAUCGAGACAAACCGUGAGGGAAGAUGAAGAGAGGGCGGAGGAGGAGCGGACUGUGGCGAGACAUUGAGGCGGACUACCCCUGCCACUCAGGUUCCUGAGCACUUCGUCGACCACGUGCGAUUAACAUGAACUUUGUUUAACACCUGAACUUUUUUUUUGUAAACAUGAACUUCACAAAAAUAUGAUUUUUUUCUGUUUACAUUUUAAAAAUUGUCUAGUAAUAUUUUAUAAAUUAUACUAAAGAAAAUCUUUUUGAAAUAAAUAUAAAAUAUAAAAUAAAUUUGUUUUAUGGCAAGUCACUUCAUUGUGUAACUAAGAGCAGACUUAAAUUGUUUCGUACAGAAUAACUACUUAUAAGUAAUCUCCCUGCACCGCGCUGCAGGCGUGGUUAGCAAUCUCCAGAUCAUCAUUAAAGAAAUUAAUCUCCCCACACAAAAAAUAUCUACUAUCCAGUAUAAUUAUAAUUAAUCUGUUUUCCUUACCGUACAUUUUUCGCGCUAAAACUAUUAUCCUUAAUCUGUUUUUCUUACAUUUUUUUAGAGAAGACAAUCUGCUUAUGCAGGAUGGGCCGUACUGGGCUGGUUAAUGGCGAAACGGGGCCCUAAAGAAGUUGGAUCCGGCGAAACAGAGGCCGAUCGGAAAAUUAUAAAUUCUGCAGCCUUCGGCGUCUGCAACGAUUUCCCUCCACUGCGUAACAGAUUGUAGUUCCCAAAUUCUCCAUAUCCCCGAGAAACCAAGAAUUGCAAGAAUAAUUCCGACGAUGAAGAGCUGGGACGCCGGUCCUUCCUCCUCCGGCAGCUCGCCGGAGAAGCAGGCACGCCCCUCCAAGCAGGGGCGUGAUGAAGACGGCGACGAGCUCGCCGUCGAGGAUCGCCGCCCCCACCUCAACACUCGAGUCAAGAGACCGCGGCUCUCCAUCGAAUCGGAAGACGAGCAAGAUUCUUCCUCCGGGAGCUCGCCGGAGAAGCAGGCACGCCCCUCCAAACAGGGGCGUGAUGAAGACGGCGACGAGCUCGCCGUCGAGGAUUGCCGCCCCCACCUGCGGGAGCGGCUCUCCUUGGACACGGAGGGAGACCAAGGUACGGAGCUGUCCCCAAGCCUACCCCUGCUGGAGGAGAUGCCCCAGGACGUGAUUGUGAGCGUUCUGAGGACCAUCGGGGUCCGAAGCGGGGUUCAGGUCAGCUCCUCUUGUUCGUAUCUGCGAGAGUUCGUGAUGAAGAAUGCAGCCCCAUGCUGCGGAAGGUAUCUGCAGAUCAAAGCUUGUAGAAUCGAAGGAGACGCAACCAUAGCUACACUGAGCACGGAUUUGCUAUGCAAAGUCAUGUCCAAGCUUGACCCUUUUGCAAUGUCAGCCCUGGGAGGAUCCUGUUCGGCUUUCAGGUGUUUGCUCGCCUCACCACCCACGCGUGGUUUGAUUGAAGAUUUUGGAGAGAAGCGCAUUCCCCUUGGUGCUCUGACGGUAACUCCAAUCAGCCCAUAUCCUGUUCUACUUUCUUCAAUGCUCCCCGCUAGGCAGAGGCCUGCAAGCGAUCUGUUCGCUGCCUUUUGGCGUAGAUUCGCAGCAGAAAGGGUGAUAGGGAGAGUAGAGAUAUCAGACUGUAGAGAUGGCUUGAUUCUGCUCAAGGGGAGAGCCAUCAGGCGUUUUGUUGUGUGUGCUCCACUGGCGGCCAACAUGUACGCGAGGCUACUGCCACAGCUCUCCAAUGACGGUGAUCAUGUUUACAUGUCUGCUUCAGUUCUUCGAGAUAAGAAGGCUGCCAUAGAGUUCUCGGUUACUGUUCUUAUGGGUGAUCUCCAGAGCGCCAACGUGACAAUUAACCAGUACCAAUCAAAGACAGGCCAAUGGAGUUCCAGGCGCUGCCCGUGGCUAACUCCUGCAACAUUGCAGUCGGAGAUUAAGCAACCGUCUGUUCUGUGCAAAAACACUAUAUGGUUCCUGCAGCCGAUGCUGCAACUGAUCUCUGUCGACCCAGACAAGUUAACAGUUGGCACGCUGCCCUUUCCGCCCCUUGACGGCAUUUCAACUGUCAACCAUGCUCUCCUGGAGCGAUCUCAGGGAUCAAUUUGCCUAGUGAUGAUCACAGAUAACAGAGUAAUGGUCUUCGAGCUGACACUGAUGGCGACGCAUGGAGCUUAUUCAAGCAGUUUCACGGUCCUCCUGAUGGAUGCCGGCUUAUUGGAACAGGUUUUCAAAAAAUCCUGGUGCAUUCUGGUGAAAGGCUGCGAUACAUUGACAUUGGGGAUGGUAUUUUCAAAGACGUGUCCCUGGUCUUCAACGUUGUCAGACAAGCUUGGUGUUACGAUGUUCCAUACCCACCUAGGACAGACUUGUUUCGUAGGCUACAGAGAGUUGGGACUGCAUUGGAGGUCAAGGAGCACGAAGGGCUGAGGAGCGCAAAGGGCGGACCUAAACAGAAGCCUCUUGAGAAGGCCACAAGCAGUUCUAUCUCCUAUUAUUAGUCCCUUAGAUACUGUAACUCGGCACCGUAGAAUGUUGUUUUGACUGUUGUUAAACGAUGAUGUGUUCCUUGCAUUUUUUUGCGAUGCGAGGAUGUGUCCCUUAUUUUGGGGGAGGGAUUAUUAAUAGAGCUAUCAAGUCUCAACUGAGAGACAAUUUUGUUUAA